CAGCUCUCGGAAACAAUGAAGCAAAAAUGGUGAAAUGCUCAUGUGGAUGUUUGGCCAUAAUCAGAAUGUCUUCCACUCCAUCAAACCCUGGAAGACCAUUCUAUGCUUGCCCCACUAAGGGACCUCGUAAUGGUUUUAUUUGUUGGGUAGAAGAAACAGACACUAAGAAUAUGAGUGUUGAAGCAGUUAUGAUUGCAGGAUUGGCUAGGUCAAAAAAGAAGCUUGAAUCAAAGAUUUGGAAACUGAAGAUGUCUUUAGUUCUAAGUUGGAUUAUUUUCUUUGGCAUAAUUGUGUACAAGUUGUAAUUCGUAUGUAGCAGUUUUUUAUGUCAUUGUUAGGGAAAUUGUUAUGGUUAUUUACAUUAUCCUUGUAAUGACUUUCAAUCACUAAUGUCAAUAAUAGACGUCAAUUC